AUGGCGGCGGUCGCGACCUCCUUCUCUCUCUCUCCCCGCCGAUCUCCCUCAAUUUUCCAACUCCGCAAUCUUCCUCGGAGCUAUAAUUCAUCGACUGGAAGAAGGAUCGUCCUUAAAUCGUCGCCUCGGGACGAAUCUCCCGCCGUCACCGCUUCUUCCAAAGAUUCCUCUGGGCCGCCGGAAAAAGAGCAAAAGCCUCUGACUUUACAGAAUCUAGUGGAACCCCCCGAACCGGAUCAUGAUCCCAAACCGGAUCCUGGGUUUAGGAUUGGUAAAAUUGGAAUGGAGAUUAUGUCGAUUGCAUUACCGGCGGCAUUAGCUUUGGCCGCUGAUCCUAUAACAUCGCUUGUUGACACGGCUUUUGUCGGCCAUAUUGGUUCCGCAGAAUUAGCUGCAGUAGGAGUCUCUGUUUCUGUAUUCAAUCUGGUGUCGAAGCUCUUCAAUGUUCCUUUGCUUAAUGUCACAACAUCGUUUGUUGCGGAAGAGCAAGCAAUUGCAGCUAAGGAUGAUAAUGAUUCUACUGAAACAAGAAAGAAAGUGUUGCCUUCUGUUUCAACUUCCUUAGCUCUUGCCGCUGGAGUUGGUAUUGCAGAGGCGAUUGCGUUAUCUCUCGGAUCUGAUUUCUUGAUGGACAUCAUGGCUAUACCUUUUGAUUCACCGAUGAGAAUACCAGCAGAGCAGUUCCUCAGGCUCAGGGCGUAUGGUGCACCGCCGAUCGUAGUUGCAUUAGCUGCACAAGGAGCUUUUCGAGGUUUCAAGGACACAACGACUCCUCUCUAUGCCGUGGGCAAGUAUUGCACAUUCAUCUUUUCCUUUUCUUUUGCGGGGAACGUGCUUAAUGCGGUAUUGGAUCCGAUUCUGAUAUUUGUUCUUGGUUUUGGUAUCUCUGGUGCUGCGGCUGCUACCGUGAUUUCUGAAUACUUGAUUGCGUUUAUUCUUCUGUGGAAGUUGAAUGAGAAUGUGGUUUUGCUUUCUCCGCAAAUCAAAGUGGGAAGAGCCAGCCAGUACCUCAAAUCAGGUGGGCUUCUGAUUGGUAGAACGGUGGCUCUGCUUGUGCCAUUCACGUUGGCUACUUCGUUAGCGGCUCAGAAUGGACCAACUCAAAUGGCUGGCCAUCAAAUCUGCUUGGAAAUUUGGUUGGCUGUAUCUUUACUCACUGAUGCUUUAGCCAUUGCUGCACAGAGUCUUCUUGCAACCACUUUCUCUCAAGGAGAAUACAAACAAGCCCGGGAAGUUAUCUUUGGAGUCCUUCAAGUAGGUUUAGCAACUGGAACUGGUUUAGCUGCUGUUUUGUUCAUCGGAUUUAAACCAUUUUCGAGCUUAUUUACAACGGAUUCAGAAGUUCUAGAUAUUGCUUUGUCAGGGACCUUAUUUGUGGCUGGUUCUCAACCGGUGAAUGCUCUAGCUUUUGUCUUUGAUGGCCUCUAUUAUGGAGUUUCUGACUUCGGAUUUGCCGCUUACUCUAUGGUGAUUGUCGGAUUCAUAUCUUCCUUGUUCAUGCUUGUGGCUGCACCAACGUUUGGCCUUGCAGGGAUCUGGACGGGUUUGUUCCUCUUCAUGGCGUUGCGCUUAGUUGCCGGAACCUGGAGAUUGGGAACAAGAAGCGGUCCAUGGAAGGUGUUGUGGUCUGCCUCAGAGAAGCCAGAAUGA